AUGGAAAACUAUUCGGAAGAAUUCGAAUAUUGUGGUGAUACCUCUAAAAGACCGACGAGUGAAGAAAUAUAUGAUAUUAUUGGCAAAUGGGAUAUUUAUGAUGAGGAUUCGGAAAUCUAUAAGAUCUUCAAAAAGGCUGAUAAGGAAAUGAAAAGUAAUAUAAAUGAUGAAAUAUCAACAAACCUUCCUGGAGCAUAUGAUGUAAGUACAAGACCAUUAAGUGAUCAUAUCAAUACUGCAAAAUUACUUUCAAGAGAUUCUAGAGAAGAUGAUUUAGUUAUAGAAUGGGCAGUUAAUAUUAAUGAAAUCAGCGAAGAAUUAGAAACAAAUGACUCUAAUUUAGAAUAA